ACGCGUGUAUCCCUUACAUUUGUGUCUCUUUCUCUCUGAUUGCAUUGCAAGAGCUCUGGCGUUGUUGGAGUGGUCGGAUUCCAUCUCUUCCGGAGCGUCGGAGUUGUCUUCUCUUCUCUUCUGUAUAUGUAUACAGUAUAAUAGUGCAGCAAAACUUGCUCCGACCAUUACCCGAGCAGAGCAGAGCCGAGGAGCACGAGCUCAGAGUUGGUUGGAUGAUACAGACGAGACGUCUCUGAUUCCGUGUGCAGAUUCCCCAUCUCCAUUUCCGUGACUCGUUAUUAGGUUGCGCGUGGUUUAGUUCGUUUGCCAGAAGUUGAAAUGCUGUUUGCACGGCGUGAUUUCUCAUCGGCUGCCGACAUUUCUAUAUUUCAUUAAUUACGGCGGCUGGUGUGUGUGUUCUUCCUCUCGUGAUUUCUCAUCGCCAGAUCGAUCGAUAUCUGCAACAGUUCUUAUUAUGGAUAUAAUUCUUCAAUCGGCGGCUGAAACGUUAGCUUCGGAAACUUCAAAUCGACCUCUGGAAAGUACCCCCGGAGCUCUACCGAUCCUCGACUUGGCGUCAAUUUGCAUCAACUUGACCCUGUUUCUCGCCUUCAUCUCCGUUGUUUCCGCAAGGCAGGUGAGUUUGUGCUUUGGUCGGGCCCCUCUUCGGAAGGACAGCUUGCUGGGGAGCUCCAUUGGUGUAGGUGAGGAGCUUGGGAAUGUUGUGAUUGGUAGAAGGUACAAAGCUUCACUUCUUUGUUGCUUCUAUGUUUUGUUCGUCCAGAUAUUGGUGCUAGGGUUUGAUGGAAUUGGUUUAAUUCGGGAGGCUGCAAAAGGGGGAGGUGGAGAGCUACAUUGGACUGCAGUAUUGUUACCUUCAGCUCAGAGUUUAUCAUGGUUUGUGCUAAGCUUUUUAGUUCUUUACUGUAAAUACAAAGCUGCUGUGAAAUUUCCAUUGAUGUUGAGAAUUUGGUGGGCGGCAUCAUUUGCAAUUUGUUUGUUGGUUUUGUAUGGUGAUGGGAGAAGAAUUUUGACAAAAGGAUCAGGACACUUAAAUUCUCACGUUUUGGGGAACAUAUUUGUUUCUCCUGCACUUGUUUUUCUAUGUUUUGUUGCUGCACGUGGAGCUACCGGCAUCCAGGUGUUUAGGAGAAAUGAUCUUCAAGAGCCCCUGCUGGUUGAAGAAGAAGCAGGGUGUCUGAAGGUAACUCCUUAUGGUGAGGCUGGUCUUUUCAGCCUUCUCACUCUCUCUUGGCUGAACCCACUCCUUUCGAUUGGGGCAAAGAGGCCACUUGAUCUCAAGGAUAUUCCUUUGCUCACAACAAAAGACCGUUCCAAGACGAACUAUAAGGUGUUGAACUCGAACUGGGAGAAGUUGAAGGCUGAAAGUACCCUGAGCCAGUUGGGUUGGGCGAUUCUCAUAACGUUCCGGAAAGAAAUUGGCUGGAACGCAAUGUUUGCUGGUCUGAACACUUUAGUUUCCUAUGUAGGACCAUACUUGAUUAGCUAUUUUGUGGAUUAUCUAGGCGGGAUAGAGACUUUCCCGCAUGAGGGAUACAUUCUUGCUGGAAUUUUCUUCGGCGCAAAGUUGGUAGAGACCUUGACGGCCCGACAAUGGUAUCUUGGUGUUGACAUUUUAGGUAUGCACGUGCGUUCAGGUCUCACGGCUAUGGUAUAUCGAAAAGGACUAAGACUUUCAAACGCAGCCAGGCAAAGUCGCACGAGCGGUGAGAUUGUAAAUUAUAUGGCUGUUGAUGUUCAGAGAAUUGGGGACUAUUCUUGGUAUUUGCAUGACAUAUGGAUGCUUCCUCUCCAAAUUAUCCUUGCACUGGCGAUCUUGUACAAGAAUGUAGGAAUUGCAUCGGUUGCUACACUCGUUGCCACUAUUGUAUCCAUUGUUGCAACUGUUCCAGUUGCAAAGGUUCAGGAAGAUUACCAAGAUAAGUUGAUGGCAGCGAAGGAUGAUAGGAUGAGGAAGACUUCAGAAUGCCUCAGGAAUAUGAGGAUUCUCAAAUUACAAGCUUGGGAGGAUAGAUACCGGGUGAUGCUGGAAGAAAUGCGGAGUUUGGAAUUCAAGUACCUUCGGAAAGCUCUUUACUCACAAGCUUUCAUCACAUUUAUAUUCUGGAGUUCCCCUAUAUUUGUUUCAGCAAUUACUUUUGGAACUUGCAUUUUGCUAGGUGGCCAGCUCACUGCCGGUAGUGUCCUUUCUGCUCUGGCUACAUUCCGUAUCCUGCAAGAGCCGCUUAGAAAUUUCCCUGAUUUGGUUUCCAUGAUGGCUCAAACUAAAGUCUCCCUUGAUCGAAUUGAGGGAUUCCUGCAGGAGGAAGAAAUGGAGGAAGAUGCGACCAUUACCUUGCCGUGGGGCGUAUCACCUGUGGCCAUAGAAAUAAAGAACGGAAACUUUAGUUGGGGUAAAUCUCCAGCCACCAUGACGCUGUCAGAUAUACAGAUCAAGGUAGAAAAGGGAAUGCGCGUAGCUAUUUGUGGGAUGGUUGGUGCUGGAAAAUCGAGCUUCCUUUCUUCCAUCCUUGGUGAGAUUCCAAAAAUCUCUGGUGAAGUGAGAAUAUGUGGUUCUGUAGCCUAUGUCUCGCAGUCUGCUUGGAUUCAAUCGGGAAAUAUAGAGGAAAAUAUCCUUUUUGGAAGUCCAAAAGACAAAGCAAGAUACAAGAGUGUUAUCCGUGCCUGUUCACUCAAGAAAGACUUGGAGCUACUAUCACAUGGUGAUCAAACCAUCAUUGGUGAUAGGGGCAUAAACCUUAGUGGUGGUCAGAAGCAACGGGUACAACUUGCCCGCGCAUUAUAUCAAGAUGCCGAUAUUUAUUUACUUGACGAUCCCUUUAGUGCUGUUGAUGCACACACUAGCUCAGAAUUAUUCCAGGAGUACAUGCUGGGAGCUCUAGCUACUAAAACGAUUGUCUUUGUCACCCAUCAAGUUGAUUUUCUUCCUGCAGCUGACUUAAUUUUGGUUUUAAAGGAAGGCCGUAUCAUUCAAGCUGGAAAAUAUGAUGAUCUUUUGCAAGCAGGAACAGAUUUCAGCACAUUGGUCUCUGCUCAUCACGAGGCCAUUGAAGCUAUGGAUUUUUGCAACACGGCUUCUGAGGAAUCGGACAGAAAUGAUCCUGUUGAUCAGACAUGUGAUUCAAUUGAUAAUAGUGAUAAUAUUGUAUCAUCUUUGGAAAGGAAUCCCGGAGAAGUUGUAUCAUCUUUGGAUCAAAAAGCAAUCAAAGAGAAGAGGAAAGCUAAGCGUUCUAGGAGAAAGCAGCUUGUGCAGGAAGAGGAACGGGAGCGGGGAAGAGUCAGCAUGAAAGUUUAUUUGUCAUAUAUGACCGCAGCAUACAAGGGAAUAUUGAUUCCAUUGAUUAUUCUGUCACAAUCACUAUUUCAGAUCCUUCAAAUAGCCAGCAGUUGGUGGAUGGCUUGGGCAAGUCCGCAAACUGAUGGCGACAAGCCUAGAACCAGCAGCAUGAUGCUUAUCGUUGUCUACAUGGCACUUGCUUUUGGAAGCUCCUGUUUCGUAUUUGUUAGAGCCGUUCUUGUUGCUACUUUUGGCCUUGCUGCUGCACAGAAGUUAUUUCUGAAAAUGCUAAGAAAUGUGUUUCGAGCACCUAUGUCUUUCUUCGACUCUACUCCAGCUGGACGAAUAUUGAAUCGCGUUUCAAUUGAUCAAAGUGUUGUGGAUCUGGAUAUUCCAUUCCGACUUGGUGGCUUUGCUUCAACAACUAUUCAGCUUCUUGGCAUUGUCGGUGUCAUGACUCAAGUUACCUGGCAAAUUUUGCUUCUUGUUAUCCCGAUGGCAAUUGCUUGUUUAUGGAUGCAGAAAUACUAUAUGGCCUCAUCUAGAGAACUAGUCCGUAUUGUUAGCAUCCAGAAGUCCCCUGUAAUUCAUCUUUUUGCUGAAUCAAUUGCCGGAGCAUCUACCAUCAGAGGCUUUGGGCAAGAAAAGAGAUUCAUGAAGCGAAAUCUUUAUCUUCUCGACUGCUUUGCUCGUCCGUUCUUUUGCAGUGUUGCAGCCAUUGAAUGGCUUUGUCUGCGCAUGGAAUUGCUAUCGACAUUUGUGUUUGCUUUUUGCAUGGUCAUGCUUGUGAGCUUUCCUCAUGGAACUAUAGAUCCAAGUAAGAAAUCACUUCUCUUCAUUGCCAAUCUACAUCAUUUGAUUUCAUUGCUAAAGUGUAGGCAAUGUUUUUCAUUUCUGUCAACAGGUAUGGCCGGCCUUGCAGUGACGUACGGCCUCAAUCUGAAUGCACGUCUAUCACGAUGGAUACUUAGCUUCUGCAAGCUUGAAAACAAAGUCAUAUCUAUAGAACGAAUUCACCAAUACUCCCAAAUACCUAGUGAAGCACCUACAGUUAUUGACGAUUCACGACCACCAACAUCAUGGCCUGAGAAUGGCACAAUCGAACUUAUCGAUUUGAAGGUUCGUUACAAAGAGAAUCUCCCUGUCGUGCUGCGUGGCAUUUCCUGCAAAUUUCCUGGCGGCAAGAAAAUUGGAAUCGUCGGGCGUACAGGAAGUGGUAAAUCCACCUUGAUCCAAGCUCUAUUUCGACUGAUUGAGCCAGCAGGUGGAAGGAUUAUCAUAGACAAUAUAGAUAUCUCAACAGUUGGUCUUCAUGACCUCCGCAACCGGCUUAGUAUAAUACCCCAAGAUCCAACAUUAUUCGAAGGAACUAUUAGAGGCAACCUAGACCCCCUCGAAGAGCAUUCCGACCAAGAUAUUUGGCAGGCACUAGACAAGUCUCAGUUAGGAGAAAUAGUUCGACAAAAAGAUCAAAAGCUCGAUACGGCGGUUUUAGAAAACGGAGACAACUGGAGUGUAGGUCAGCGGCAGCUGGUCUCCCUCGGCCGAGCCUUACUCAAACAGGCAAGAAUCUUGGUUCUCGAUGAAGCCACAGCAUCAGUCGACUCAGCGACAGAUAACCUCAUCCAGAAGAUAAUAAGAUCAGAAUUCAGGGAUUGCACCGUCUGCACAAUCGCCCACCGUAUUCCUACAGUCAUCGAUAGCGACCUUGUUUUAGUCCUCAGCGAUGGUCGCGUGGCAGAGUUUGAUACUCCGGGAAGACUGCUGGACAACAAAACCUCCAUGUUCUUCAAGCUCGUUUCGGAGUACUCAUCAAGGUCGAGCGGCGUUCCAGACUAUUGACGAUCUUUGCAGCGCAGAAAA